GCACAAUCAUGCAGCUCAUAAAGAUUCGGCUAUUGUUGGUGCUGUUGCUGCACGCUUGGAUUGCCAGUGGACAGGGAGAAAAUGCGCUCUUGCAGGCAAAUAUGAAGAUCUAUUGCAGCACGAAGAUCACAUACGGAAAGGAGAUAGCAGUUAUGGUCACUUUAGCCAAAUAUCCAAGGUAUCCAAUAGUGCUGCAUCUCAGCACAUUAAAAUAUUUGCUGAUGUAUCAGGAAGUAGGCAUAGGAUCUGCACCAAUGACGCCCACAUUUCGAAAUAGCGAUCGAAUCAGCGACGAAUUGCAGCGCCAUAAUAUAGUUCAAGAAGGACCGCUGGCCUACGAAAGCGGCUUCUAUGUGGUGAUAAUGGCAACCUUCUGGGAAAUGGGCUACACCAAACUCACACUGGAAGGCAGUGCGCCCAGCAAACGUGGCAUUGAACCCGUUAACGAAAACAUCCAAUUAGACGUCAAAGCGCCGCCGUAUUGUGUGCCACUAAUUGUGACAAGGCUCUGCUCAAAUCCCAACAAUCCACUACCUGUGAGCGUGAGGCGAACGAUCAUUUUGAGUGCGCACGUAUUAAAAUCUUGCGAUAUGGAUAGCCCGAUUCUAACUUGGACUAUUAUGGAUUUGAUGGGGAUAACUGUGCUGAAAACCUAUACGGACCAACGGAAAUUAUUCCCUUUGAAGCGCUACGAAAUACGCUUUACAACGAAAUUCGAGAUGUGGCGCAAUCUGUACAUGAUUCGAGUUGAUGGCGAGUUCAAUGGCUUGAAAUAUGCGACACGCUGCUAUCUGAAGGUACAUCCGGAGUAUCUACAGGCAGUGAUUAGUGGAGGCGUUGAAAAACAUUUGCAAUACAUGUCCGAUGUAGUCAUGGAUGGGACGGAUAGUCGUGAUUACUCCAAACAGCGAAGAGAGAAGCAAUUUAGGACUUACAAUUGGAAAUGUUUUCCACAGGACGGCAUACCGAAUUCAGUUUGCCAACAUGGCGUCAUUUCUAAUGCUCCGAAAUUCACAAUACCCGGCUAUUAUUUCGUGCUACACUCAACAUAUGUUUUCAUGCUGACUCUGACCGCCGAUGAUGAUCCAAAUAAAACCUCUUACGCAUUCCAGACCCUCACCAUUGUCAGCUACGGCACCUUGAAUAUUGAUAUGCAAUGCUUGUCGAACUGCGCCUUGGGCCAGUACAAUGAGAACAAGAAGGUGCUGCUGCUGGCCAAGUGCUUCGACUGUCACACUCUGCACGAUAUCAGCUAUUCGUGGUAUGUUAUGGAUGCGCUGACGCUCAACACAAAGACCCUGUCCACACACAUACACACGGCGAAAUCGGUGGCGACCAUCCGACUGGAUGUGCGCUCCACCGAUGGACGCAUCGGUAGUGAGCUGAUGACGCUUCGUCAAAAUGUUCCACCCAAAUACGGCAAAUGUUCAAUUAAGCCCAUUGAAGGUGUGGAGGCACAAACACAAUUCUCCAUGUGCUGCGAGCAAUUUAAGACGCACAAUGCACCACUUGUGUAUUUGUUCUAUGCACGUCGCAUGCUGUUAACUGAAUGCCAUAAUUGUGCAUGUACCAUCCAUCUGCCAAAAGAUGUGCGUUGCGUUAAGGUCUUCAUCUGCGAUCAUUCGCUUACGUGCAGCAAGAAGUAUGUGCCGGUUACGGUUAUCCCACUCGCCAAUUUGACACUGAGCACACCGGAAGAGAUCUGGGAGUAUCUAACAACGGCACCGCACAAUGUCCUUCAGCUGGCGACCACCGGUCACAUGAAGCGCCUGCUGGCGUACAUUCAAUUCGUGGCCACACACAUCGAUAGCCCCGAGAAGGGCAGUGUUUUGAUGCGCGCCUUGGAAGAUGCACAUCCAUAUACGCUUGCUUCACUGGGCAAAUUGGCAACUUUAACGAAAACAUUGGCUGUCCAGUUGACGCCCAUCGGUGCACGGGGUCAACAGGUUUUGGUACGUUCGCUGAGCAAGCUAAACGAGGUAUUUGCGAGCAUUUACGAAAACGAAAUGCAAAGAUCACUCGUCGAGGAGCCGUACAUGAAUGUUACGAUGUCCUGCGUCAUGGUCUACGACAUGAUGAGGAGCUUGAGCAAGCAGUUACCACGGCCACCGCAAGAGAUCUAUGAUAAUUACAAUGAUGCCGUCACUUUUGAAAACCUGGAUCAGAAUUUAGUUGAUUUACUGCUGCAACGGAUCUAUAAAUACAAAAAUAAGGAUUGCAAGCAGCGUUCGCUCAACUGGCUGAACUCAAUGUGGCAAACGGAGCGACUUUAUCGCUUCCUAUAUAUGGCCCGUAAACAUGGCAUUCAACCCGAUGAGCCGAGUGGCUUGGAUGUUGGCGUUGCCCUCGAUAUCCGUUGUUUCAAAGUGGAGUACGGUCGCACAUAUGUGACCAAGACGAGGGAUAGGAUGCAUACCGUGUAUACACGGCCCGAGUUGCUCCACGAGGUAAUGGAACCGUACACCGGUUCGGUUUGCAUCAAGGUCGUCUCGACUAUACGCGAGCUGGGCUGGUGGUAUCCGGAAGAUAAACAGCCCAGCGCUGUGCUCCUCUCGGUGCACUUAUACUUCCAAGAAGACAAGUUCAAGCACGAGAUUCAUUUGUCUGACAGCAAAAUGAGCUUCAAUACCGUCGUUAGCAAGUACAGGCCCGCCCAGGAUUAUCCGGAGGUCUCCAUGAAUGCUCACAGCCAGGGACGAAUCUGGUUUGACGAUGACGACGAGGAUACUGAGGAUUCUGUUGGUGAAACUGGCAAAUAUGUAAAUUUCCAGAAGCACGAGCAGCUCCAGAUGAUGCAGGAAGUGCGCGUUUAUCGAACCAAUCUGGAUGAUCAUUCCAUGAUGGUAGUGCGCUUCCAGCACACAACCCAUCGAUUGCGAGCGCUGCUCAUUUUGGAUGAGACACCGCUGAAGAUGAGUGAGGCGAUUAGGAAGGAGGGCUGCGUUGUGCCGGCCGAUUCAAGAAAUUCAACGCUGUUGUUGCGCAACAAUUGCUUCAGUUGGCAUCGUGUUUAUCUGGCGGUGCAGGUCGACAGUGAAUACACCCAUGAGGACUAUGAGUCAACGCCAAUACCCGGUGGACCGGCUCUCUACUCGUUUGCCAUUCAGUUGCGCAGCUGUGACUAUUGGAUGUAUUCGCUUGGCGAGGGGAAGGAGCGCUGGUCGCACACCCAUUGCCUGCCCGGACUGGAGUUUCCGCGAAAGGAUUCGAUGUACUGCACAUGCACAGUGCUGGGCACCUACACCAGCUAUGUGUUCCAUGUGCCCGCCAUUGUUGUGCCCGCCAAUUAUAAUAUGGCCAUCAGCACUAAUUGGCAAUUUGUGGCCAUUUUUUUCCUUGCGAUACUCCUCUUGUUGGUGUGGCUGAUCGCACUAUACAUCUACCGCAAUGGGCGGCCCUGCCAGACGGUCGUCUGCGAUAUGACCGGCUUGGAGGAUAAUGCCCAUCGGGAUGUGCACGAUCUGUUGGUGUUCAUCAAGACUGGGGGACGCAUUAAUGCGUUGACAACGGCCACAGUUCGCAUCAUCUUCCAGACAACGCAGCGAACGGAGUUGCAGUUCACGCUGAUGCAGGACCCGGAACAUCCCAAGCUGACGCGCAACUCCACCUAUAUCCUGUGGCUGCGCACCCGUGACAUACGCAUCCCUACCCGCAUUGCCGUCUCCCACGACAGUGGGGGACGCUAUCCGACCUGGUUCCUGCGGCGCAUUGAGCUUAUGGAUCUGCAGACUGAGCUCACUCAGGUCUUUAUCGUGCAUCGCUGGGUGCGUCAGAAGAUCAUAUUUCUCAGCUCGGCGGUGUUGAUUCGUGUGGGCGAUGAGAAUGCCGUGGAGAGUUGGCGGCGUCGCUUCAUCUCCGAAUACGAGCGGCAGUGGAUCAACUGGGGCCUGUGGCAGCCGCUGACGGGCAAGUGGAGGGAAAGCGCCGUCCACGACAAUCUGACGCGUGCCGAGCGCGUUUCCAUUUUUGUGACCAAAAUAAUGGUCACAUAUUGCAUCUGUGCCUGCUGCUUGGGACGCACGACGCCCAACACUGUCUACGAGGAUCGCAAGACUCUGGUGGACUACUACGACCUGGUCCUCAUGUUCAUCUUCAGCUGUGUGCUUACCAAUUUCGUUCACUUUCUGUUCGAGCACGUUAUUCUCAGGAAAUGUAAAUUUCGUCAAUAAUCAUUUUUAAUAUUCCGUUUUUUUG